GGUAUUCACAAAUAGUUGUUAUCUGAGCUAUACGAGUCAUUCCACAGCAGUGUUCUCCAGCAGCUGAGAAAACCUUCUGGCAACCAGUUUGAGUUGCCGGAAAUGGCCAAGUAUGGGCCUCACCUGGUUUUUGCCUUGGCAAUAUGCUUUAUGGCCAGAUAUGUAGCUGCUGACGACUAUAAACCUUCAUCUCCACCACCACCUCCUGACGAGUCUUACGCGCCAGCACCAUACUACUACAAGUCUCCUCCACCUCCUCCUUACUACUAUAAGUCCCCUCCGCCACCAUCCCCAUCUCCACCACCUCCAUACUAUUACAAGUCUCCACCACCCCCAUCACCUUCACCUCCUCCCCCAUAUUACUAUAAAUCACCGCCCCCACCAUCUCCAUCACCCCCACCCCCUUACGACUACAAGUCCCCACCACCACCAUCUCCAUCACCUCCUCCCCCAUAUUACUAUAAAUCACCGCCUCCACCAUCUCCAUCACCCCCACCCCCUUACUACUACAAGUCCCCACCGCCACCAUCUCCGUCACCACCUCCUCCAUACUACUACAAAUCCCCACCACCACCCUCUCCCUCACCACCACCACCAUAUUAUUAUAAAUCACCACCCCCACCUUCACCAUCACCUCCUCCGCCGUACUACUACAAAUCACCACCACCACCUUCUCCAUCGCCAACUCCUCCAUACUAUUACAAGUCUCCACCCCCACCAUCACCAUCUCCUCCACCUCCCUACAUCUAAAAAUCCCCACCACCCCCAUCUCCAUCCUUGCCACCACAUUACUACUACAAGUCACCACCGCCUCCUUCUCCUUCGCCUCCCCCACCUUAUUAUUACAAGUCUCCACCACCUCCAUCUCCUUCACCCCCACCUCCUUAUUAGUAUAAUCGCCCUCCCCCACCAUCACCUUCUCCCCCACCUCCAUACUAUUACAAGUCCCUGCCUCCGCUUUCUCCAUCAACUCUUCCACCAUACUACUACAAAUCUCCUCCCCCACCAUCACCAUCACCUCCCCCUCCUUACUACUACAAAUCCCCACCACCCCCAUCACCAUCACCACCCUACUACUACAAAUCACCACCUCCUCCUCCAUACUAUUAAAGAUCAAUGCCACAGCCAGCUUUGCAUUCACAUCUGUGUCUACACCAUUAUAGCCCUCCACCUCCCAGUGUUUUGUAAACCAAAAACUAUUUCUAUUUAGCUCUCAUAGGCCAAUAAGAAUAAAGUUUAAUCACAAGAAAGACAGCUAGCAGUUCAGCUAGAAGGGUGCUCGAGAUGGCAAGAUGCUUUGCAAUUGGCUAGCCGUUGUGGAAAUUUGAUUCUAUUCUCAUGUGUUUGUAUGCAUAAAAUUGUUUGUUUUUUUUCAGUGGAUUGUAUUUGUUUACUUGGCCUUUUAUUGUUUGUUGCAAUAUUUUGAAAUAAGAAGAUUUAGAAGUGAAAAGUUCAA